AGAUGGAGAGAAGGAACACUCACCGGAGCCGCUCAAGAUGGCAUCAUCAAGGAGAAGAACAAGAGGAGAUUUAGUGAUGAACAGAUCAAGUCGUUGGAAACCAUAUUUGAAUCAGAAUCGAAGCUUGAGCCUUGGAAGAAGCUGCAGCUGGCCAGAGAACUUGAGUUACAACCUCGCCAAGUUGCUAUAUGGUUCCAAAACAGGAGAGCUCGAUGGAAGUCCAAGCAACUUGAACACGAUUACUCCAUAUUGCGAUCCAAUUACGACUCUCUGGCUUCCCAGUUCGAGUCCCUGAAGAAAGAGAAACAAUCUUUACUAGUACAGUUGCAGAAGCUGAGCCAACUGCUGGGAAAUAGCACAGAAGGCGACUCUGAUAAUGGGAACUACUCCAGAAGUGAACCCGAACCAAAGUCCAGCUCGCAACAGGAAGAAACAGGUCACCGAAUGGUCUUCUGCUCUGAUGAUGAGAACAGCAAAAUUCCUGAGUGGUCUGGGCAGGAAGAACCUGAGAUCAACAUGGGCGAGCCUCCAGACGGUUCAUUGACAUCAUCUGAAAAGUGGUGCAUUCUCGAUUCUGGAGAUCUCUUCGACAGUACUGAUUCACAAUGGUUGGACUUUUGGUCUUAAACGAACGAACCACUCCAGAGAGAGUGUGGAGCCCUUUUUCUUUUUUUUUUUUUUUUUUUUGGGUCAUUAGCAAUGUUCAUCUUUCAAUUCACGGAACCCACUUCAGCACAACCAUAACUUUCGAGUACUCCAUGGACCAGCCAUGGAGGAAACCGAAACCUUAAUUAAUCCUCUACUACUGUUUCGAUCAGA